GAUGCAAUUGCACGGACAACAAGGCUUCCGAGGGAACAAAGAUGGCGCUGCCCGUGUUGAGAGGGUGUCACAGGGUUUCAUCAACACUAAGCUUUACUCGUCUGUUUUUAAAUGAGGGUCGCGUCCUGACCCGGUCCGGGAGAACGCGGCUACCCCCUCCUCCCGCCCCGGCUGCAGUCCCUGCGCUGCGGCCGUACAGCUCGGCUCCCGGCGGGCAGCAGAACCAGAAGGUGGUGGUGUUCGGCAUCCCGAACCCCUUCAUCUGGGUCCGCACCCGAGUAUACUACUUCCUGAUCCGCGCGUACUUUGAUAAAGAGUUCAGGAUCGAAGAGUUCACAGAGGGAGCCCAGCAGGCCUUCUCACAUGUUUCCAGACUGCUGGCCAAGUGUCAGCUGGACGCUCUGGAAGGACUGGUGGCUAAAGACCUGAUUGGGAAGCUGGAGCAAAAGUUGAACCUGCUGCCAUCAAACUAUAAGAAGGCGCUGUCUGUUGAGCUGGAGGAGAUCAUGUACACCACUCCUGGAGAUGUGGGGAUCUACUAUGAUGAUGAUGGGCGAAAAUUUGUCAGCAUUCUGAUGCGUUUCUGGUAUCUGACAAGCGCACGUAUCCCUGACGACACCAUGGAGGGAACGCGGGUGUUCGAGGUGGCGCUUGGAGAGGGAGAACCAGAAACUAAGAGACUCCUGACUGCACACUAUGAAUUCCAAAGGGAGUUCACUAAGGGAGUGGCUCCAGCCUGGACUAUUACGAGGAUAGAGCACUCCAAGCUUUUGGAUUAAGAUGCUUUUGAUUUGACGCAGAGGUGCUGAUUGAAGACAUGAAACCCCCUCAGUAUUUGCUUUCAAAAUGAGUUUUUAUUUUUUAAUCGCACAGCGCAAAUCAUGAUGCCACUCCUCACAGGGGGGUCAGAGGAAAGCACCAGGACAAAGUUGGAGUGAGACACUGCUCACUGUAUAGAAGACACAUAGCAACCCGUCUCUGGUUGUAGAUACUGUGCAAAACCACCUGCAGUUGAACAUGUUUCUAUUGUUUUCCUUCAUCAUCACCCCCCCCCCCCAUUAACAUCAGAACUUUUCUUGAACAUGGUGUUUUGGAAGGUUUUGUAUAUUUAAGAGUGUGGCCAGAUGUACGUAUACUUAUUAAAUUUAAACUAUGAUGUCAUCAUA